AUGACCGGUCGUGGAGGCGGUGGAGCCGCUCGCAAGACCCUGCUUGCGCCGAUUCAUUUCAUCUUCAAGCUCCUUCAGCAACGGUCUACAGUCUCUAUCUGGCUUUACGAGCAGCUUGCUUUCCGCAUAGAGGGAAAAAUCAGGGGUUUUGACGAGUUCAUGAACCUUGUCAUUGACGAUGCAGUGGAGGUUCGCAUGGCUACAAAGUCCGAAGAAGAGAAGCGGAGACCUCUAGGUAUGCGGCAGUUCAAGCUCUUGUUCAUUCCCCUGGGCGCUGCAAUGCUGAUUAUAUUCUUGAACAACCUAGGCCAAAUACUGCUCAAGGGCGAUAACGUGUCUCUUAUUCAAGCCGUGCAGUGA